AUGGCUGACAAAUCAGUCAAGAAUGAGCAAGGUACUACGCCAGCAUUGGAAAAACAAAAGGCUGCGUUGAUUCAAAAGAAACUGGAUAACAAAGCAGCUGCCAAAUACAUAAGAAGCAAAGGACUGAUUCCCAUCAAGAGCAUUCAAGAUAGAAAACUUCGAGGAAAAUUAAGACAAGCAACCAAAAGAUUCAGCGAUGCUGCUCAUCAAGCUGCACAAUCGGAGCUUUUGCUUACAGAGGAUAGCGGCUAUCUUGAACCUGAAGGCAUGGAACGCACAUGGAAGUUUCGUCAAUCUGAGCUCAAAAAGCAUGUGGACGUAAAUACCUCUCGUAAAAUGUUUGAGUUGAAUUUACCCACUUUUGGACCAUACAUGGUAGAUUACACUGCAAACGGCAGGCAUUUACUUAUUGGUGGUCGUAAAGGCCAUGUGGCUAGCUUUGACUGGCAGACAGGAAAACUUUCUAGCGAGAUUCAGCUUCGCGAAACUGUAAAAGACGUAAAGUGGCUUCACAAUGAAACCAUGUAUGCCGUAGCCCAAAAAAAGUAUACAUACAUUUAUGACAAAACGGGUAUGGAGUUGCAUUGUUUGCGUGAUCAUAUCGAAGCCAAUGUGCUCGAGUUUUUGCCCUACCAUUUUCUACUGGCAUCGGUGGGAAAUGCUGGGUUUCUCAAGUACCAAGACACGUCCACUGGACAAUUGGUUGCUGAGCAUCGUACCAAACUUGGAGGAUGUGCUACAAUGGUACAGAACCCAUAUAACGCGAUCCUUCAUUUGGGUCAUGCAAAUGGCACUGUAACAAUGUGGUCACCCACAAUGUCUUCUCCUUUGGUAAAAAUGUUAUGCCACAAUGGCCCUGUCUCUGCAAUGGCGAUUGACAAGAGUGGGACGUAUAUGGCGACUUCAGGUUUGGAUGGACAAAUGAAGGUAUGGGAUGUUCGUACAUAUAAAACACUUCAAGAAUACUACACACCUAGGCCAGCUUCAAGCAUGACCAUUUCGCACAAGGGACUUUUGGCCGUGGCAUUUGGACCCCACUUGUCUGUAUGGAAAGAUGCAUUUAAAACAAAGCAAAAAGAACCAUACAUGACUCAUUUAGUUGCCGGAUCUACUAUUCAUGACAUUCACUUUUGUCCUUAUGAGGACGUGUUGGGAUGUGGCCAUUCUACAGGGUUUUCCAGUUUGGUUGUUCCAGGUUCUGGUGAGCCCAACUUUGAUACAUUCGAGGCCAACCCGUACCAAACACGUAAACAGCGUCAGGAAUCAGAAGUCCAUAGUCUGAUUGACAAGAUUCAACCCGAUAUGAUCACCUUGGACCCAACCAUUAUUGGAAGAGUAGACAAGGCACAACAACAAGCGAUUGAAGAAGAACGUAGACUCGAGUGGGAGGCCAACCAUCCUACAGAGAAAUUCGUGCCUGUGCAUCGUGCAAAAGGAAAAUCAUCAUCCAUGCGGAGGUAUCUGCGCAAAAAUUUCAAUACUACAGAUACAAAGCGCGAGGUUCUGCGUCAACAGUUAGCCAAGGAUCAAAAGGAUCUCAUAAAGAAGCGACGUGAAAAAGAAGAGGCACAAGACAGGCCCAAAACUGCAUUGGAUCGGUUUGAAAAAAAUUAA